UGGACGUCGCUGCUAUUUAUUAGUUAAUCUAUUUAUUAAGAUAUAGCACGAGUGUGUUUUCAUAAAGCUAUUCUCGUAAUUUGACGACAAUAUGUCUAUAAUAGUGCCUGACAAUCUGUUGAGAAGGAGGAAUCUGGGACAGACGCUAUCAUAACAAGAGAGGUAUAACACCUUAUUAUUGUUAACAUUAGCGUUUAAGUACAGCUACAUGUUAACUAGCUGUACGUAAAUGAUUUUACCAGGCCUGGAAGAGGAGUCUGGGGUGUUUGUUACAGGUUUUAUUUUCCUAAAUGGCAACACAAGACCGCUUGACACAGUGGAACUCAACAGGAGAAACAGCAUCACUACGAAACAGGAAAAACUUUUCCUCCUCGGAAAAGACUGUUGUGUCCGAGGACAAAAACUGUCCUCCUGUUGCUGGACACUUGACAGAAGAUGACACCCAGUCCUCUAAUGGGACAUUAGCUCAGUCUGAGGCCAGGGAACGUGUCAGUAACAGAGAGUCUGUAGCUGAGAGUCCCUCAGCUGCAGUGCUGCUGAUGCUGGUGGUGGGUCUGUCUUUUUCUACACGCCUCUACAAGAUAACAGAGCCCCCUCAUGUGUGCUGGGAUGAGACACACUUUGGAAAGAUGGGAAGCUACUACAUCAACAGGACCUUCUUCUUUGACGUCCAUCCACCUCUUGGAAAAAUGCUGAUAGGCCUCGCUGGCUACAUGACCGGCUAUGAUGGCACCUUUCCUUUUGUAAAGCCAGGGGAUAAAUAUGAACACCACAGCUAUGCAGGGAUGAGAGGGUUUUGUGCAGUGCUAGGUUCCUUUCUCCCGAUUUUUGCCUACCUCAUAGUUCGGGACUUGUCUCAGUCUCACAUUGCUGCUCUCAUUACUGCCGCUCUGCUUAUAUUUGACACUGGCUGCAUCACCAUAUCCCAGUACAUCCUGUUAGACCCUAUACUCAUGUUCUUCAUCAUGGCAGCCGUGCUGAGCAUGGUCAAGUUCAACCAGCUGGCACACAGGCCUUUUACUGCCUCCUGGUGGCUGUGGCUGUUACUGACAGGCACAAACCUUGCUGGUGCAUUUGGGGUUAAGUUUGUGGGCCUGUUUGUCAUUCUUCUGGCGGGACUGAACACAGUCUUCGACCUCUGGAGACUUCUGGGAGACCUUAGCCUCUCACUGGUGGACAUUGUGAAGCACUUCCUAGCGCGGGUCGUUGGCCUCAUUCUUCUUCCACUCUUUCUCUAUGUAACAAUAUUUGCUGUCCAUUUUGUCGUGCUCAACAAAAGUGGACAGGGAGAUGGUUUCUUCAGUUCCGCUUUUCAGUCCCGGCUAAUUGGUAACAACCUGCACAACGCAUCCAUGCCUGAGUACCUUUCUUAUGGCUCCACCAUUACUGUGAAAAAUCUCCGAAUUGCUGGAGGCUAUUUGCACUCUCACUGGCAUUUAUACCCAGAGGGAGUGGGGGCAAGGCAGCAGCAGGUGACAGCCUAUCUUCAUAAAGACUACAACAACCUGUGGCGUGUUCACAGACCAGCUGAUAAUGAAUCUCAAUCUGGGACCCCUGAUCUGGUUCGCCAUGGUGACAUCAUCCGUUUGGAGCACAAAGAAACAACUCGCAACCUUCACAGCCACCUCCAUGAAGCCCCUCUGACAAAAAAACACUUCCAAGUCACAGGCUAUGGCACCAAUGCCACAGGAGACCGUAAUGACCUGUGGCAGGUGGAGGUGUGUGGAGGUCGGAAGGGUGAUUUGGUGAAGGUUCUGCGCAGCAAAGUCCGCUUUCUGCACCGAGUUACCGGUUGCGUGCUUUACUCCUCUGGCAAGACUCUUCCAAAGUGGGGCUGGGAACAGGGGGAGGUGACGUGCAGUCCCUACUUGAAGGAGACCCCAAGCUCUCAGUGGAACAUUGAAGAUCAUAUCAAUCCUAAAUUGCCAAACAUCAGUCUGUCUGUGCUGAAGCCCCAUUUUCUGGAGAUCUUACUGGAGUCCCAUAUUGUUAUGAUCAGAGGCAACAGUGGCUUGAAACCUAAAGACAAUGAAAUGAACUCAAAACCCUGGCACUGGCCCAUGAACUACCAGGGUUUGAGGUUUUCAGGGGUGAAUGAGACGGAGUAUCGUGUUUACCUGCUGGGGAACCCUGUGAUCUGGUGGAUGAACUUGGCCAGUUUGGGGUUGUAUCUCCUCAUGGUGACGGUGGCAUCCAUAGCUUUGCAAAGAGGUUUCUCCCUGGACCAAAAAAGAAUGGAGCACUCUCACGUGUUGAUGAAAGGAGGAGGACUGCUUCUGCUUGGUUGGUUGCUCCAUUAUGCACCUUUCUACGCUAUGGGCCGUGUCCUCUACUAUCACCACUACUUUCCUGCCAUGCUCUUCAGCAGCAUGCUCACAGGAAUUACUUUUGACAUCCUCUUAAAAAGCACUGAGUUGUUGCUCCGUCCACCUUAUUCUGACUGGCUCCAGAGAACCGGGCUGAUUGUACUUCUGUUUACUUUUCUUUACAGUUUCUACCUGUUCCAUCCGCUCUCUUACGGGAUGACGGGUCCGCUGGCACAUGAGCCAGGCAGCGCCAUGGCUGGUCUGAAGUGGAUGGACUCCUGGGAGUUCUAGGCAGCUCUUCACAGAUAACACAAAGCAUGGGAUGUGUAACAACUGUUAUAAAUGAUGAGGAAGUUAAACUAUGCAUCUCACAGACCCUAUGGUCUUUUUAUGGUUUUAUGGUACGGUCUGACAAUACACACUACAUUACUACCUAAGUAUUCAUGCGUCUUUGACAUUUUUGUGGUACAAAGAAAACUUGAGGAGAUACUUGAAUUGGUGCAGUAAGAGAGCCAGAGUGUUGAGGAACGUUGGCAAUUAAAAAUGACACAUACUCAUCACCUAACUGCCUUAACUUGCAUCACUCAAAAUACUGUAUAUCCUGAACUUGUAUACUGUAUGUGUCACAAUAAUAAGCUAAAGUGCCUGAAAGGAACAAGUGUUGCGCAGUUGCAUUGAAUCAGAUGCUUCUUUUUUUGCCCCCAUUUAGUUGUCUUGAUCUUUGUGCCUGUUAUUUUUGUACUGUGUGUUGUUAAUAGUGUUGCCCAGUACUGGGUUCUGUUUUGACACUGCUGACUCUGUGUCAUUUGCAUUUCAGUGUGAUUGAUAAAGUGGAAUAUUCUCAUA